CACGCUCACAUAAACUUAACCUUAACACAUAUCACCACAUUCACGACAAAACACUCUAGACGAUAUUAAUAAUGUCUGCAGAAGGAACCGUUGUUGAUAACACUACAAGCGUGAUUCAAGAGCAAGUAGAGAAGUCUGUAAACACCGCUGCUUCUGCUGCUGAAUCGCCGGAAGAAUCCACUCCUCAAGAACAAGAUUUCCGCGUUUUUGUUGGUCGCUUGAAUACGUCUACCAAGAAAAGUGAAAUCCGUUCUUUGUUUGAAACCGUUGGACCUGUUCGCAAAGUUACUAUACCUUUCCGCCGAGUACGCCGUGGUACUCGCUUAGUGCCCUCUGGUAUCGCCUUCGUCACAUUCACCAACGAAGAAGACGUUCAAAAGGCUAUUGAUACCUUAAAUGAAAAGACCUUGAACGAGCGCGAGAUUGUUGUACAAAGAGCUCGCCCUGUUCAGAAGCAACCUAAAAAAUCUAAGAAAGAGCUUAGGGAGAAGACCACCGCUAACGAAGAAAAUAAUGAAACUGCCCCUACCGCUGAAGAUGCUGAAGCUUCUUCUAAGGAGGAAGGCACUGAAAAUAAGGAAAAUUCCGAAACUCCAUCUACAGAAAAAAAGCAAAGCGGCAAAUCUAGAAAUGCUGCUGGCAAGAAGAAGGCUAAGCCUCUUCCUCCCAACUCUAUCUAUGUUUCUGGUCUUUCUGUUACAUUAACAAACGAAGGCUUGAAGGAGAUGUUCGAUGCUUACAACCCAAUUCGGGCUCGUAUUGCUGUUCGCUCUCUCCCACCUUACAUUAUCCGCCGCAUUAAGCUUCGUGGUGAACAACGCCGUGGUCGUGGUUUCGGUUUUGUUUCCUUCAACACUCCUGAAGAACAAACCCGUGCUAUUAACGAAAUGAACGGUAAGCAAGUUGGUGACCUUACCUUGGUUGUUAAGAAUGCUAUUUCUCGUGAAGAAAAGCAAAAAGAAACCGAGGACAAGCAAGACGAAAAUGAAGCUGCUUCUGAGAAGGUUGGUGAGAAGGCUGAGACUGAAGAAGCCGCUCCUGCCACUACAGAGGCUCCUAAUGCUAAUGCAGAAGCUGAGUCUGCUGCUCCUGCUUCAGCCUAAGGAAACUGUAGCAAAUGUUCUAACUUUAUGAUCUGUCCAUGCUCUGUAACCGUUUGUACUUUCUUUUUAGAGCUCCCUUUGUACCUUCGACUUAUGUUUAUCCCCUCACCCUUGCGCUCGCGCUUUUAACGUUUGUUCAUUUCCUGCAGGAAGUCUUUGCGUAAGAACUGAAAAAUUGUAGAAUAGGAUUUAUUGCAUAGACUUUUUGUAAUUUAUAUAUUUGUCCGUAUGUUGGAAAGCAUACG